CUUUUUUGGUGCAUUGUGAUAAGGACUUGAGUAGUGAGAAAUUAGGAACUUCGUUUUUGGGAACUAAUCCCAACUAUGGCCCUCCUCUGUGCACUUCUGAUCAGACUCAGACUGACUUAAUUCAUCAAAAAUGUUCGACCUUUACUUGUCUCCAUUCAAAACCCACCUCAGAUUCUGCUUCUUGCCCUGCAAAGCUGUUCGAGAUUUAACCCACUUGACCAUAAUGUCAGUCAGUCUGUGUUGAGCUUGAAAAAAGAAAAGAAAAGAAAACAGGAGAAAACUUUUCACCUUCUUUUACAGAGUGUCUUCUUCAACCUCAUGUUUGUUGUUGCUUUCCUGUUUCUGUGCUAAUGGGUUUUGAAGUUUUGGGCUUUGUCUGUGAGGGUUUGUGUUUUGCUUGAGAAGAUGCUUGGUGGCUAAGGUUUUAUGAUAGGAUUGGUGAGUGUGUGGACCUGUUUUAGUUUAUGUGUUGCUGUUUGUCUUCUGAAUUAAGCCUUGUCUCUUGUUUUCUUGGGUAUGGUUUAGCUUUCUAUUGUUGUCUUCUUCUUUCAAGUUCUUAGCCUUUUAGAUUUCAAGUCCUUCAUUCUUUCUGUCUUGAGUGAUUUAGUUUCUUGGGUUUUAUUUUAAUUGAUUCUCUCCUGUUUCUUUUUUAGUCUUAUUUUCCCUUUUUAAUUUAUUUUCCUAGGCGUUAGUUUGUCCUCUUUUCUUUAAUUUUACUUCCAAGUUUCAUUGAAUCUAGGGUUUCUUCAUUCUUCUUUCAUACAUAUUGAUUAUGUUAAAGGGCUCCAAAGCCUACUUUCAUUUUCUGUUGGGGAUUUCCUGCUCCAUUCUUGAACAUGAUUGUGUGCUUGGGGCAUUCUUAGAUUGAAACUCAUCCACAUUUUGUUGGUUGGAAUUUGACUUGAUGCAUCUUUUAGGGUUUCAUAUCUUCAUUUAAGCAACUUAGUAAGUUAAAUUGUAGAGACCCCUUUCUGGGUCGUCAAGAGUCCGAAUUGUUGUUCUUGGUAAAACUCUGUGCUUGUACCAUAUAUUUGAGCAGAUAGGACAUUGGAGGUUAAGUUUAUUCUAAUAUAAAUUUAAAAGCUUGUCAUCUUCAAAAUAUAUGCAUGGAUCAAAGAGAUGCGAUGGGGUUAUCUGGGUCGCCUUCUUACUAUAUGCAGAGAGGCAUAUCUGGGUCUGGAACAGGAAUGCAAUCUGGGUUACAUGGAUCGUCAGCCAUUCAUUCCUUAUCUAAUCCAAGUAUGCCAUUUCAAUCAAACACUGUUGGCAGUAAUAUUGGAUCAGCAUUGGCUAUAGAGCCGCCAACAACAGUCUCACCUCAUGGUGUCAAUGUGGGCGCACCAUCUGCUGUGCCACCGAGGGAGACUGUGAAGAGGAAGAGGGGAAGGCCCCGAAAAUAUGGACCUGAUGGGACAGUGUCAUUGGCAUUGUCUCCGUCUUCAUCUACUCAUCCUGGGACAAUAACCUCGACACAAAAGCGAGGUAGAGGACGGCCGCCAGGGACUGGGAGGAAGCAACAAUUAGCAUCCCUUGGUGAAUGGCAGUCUGGUUCAGCCGGGAUGGGCUUUACGCCACAUAUCCUCACUGUAGCAGUGGGGGAGGACAUUGCAACAAAAAUAAUGUCAUUUUCACAGCAGGGAUCAAGAGCUGUUUGUGUCUUAUCUGCCAAUGGUGCUGUCUCUAUUGUAACUCUCUUUCAGGCAUCGACUUCUGGAGGCACUGUCACAUAUGAGGGGUGCUUUGAGAUUAUAUGUUUAUCAGGCUCUUACUUGGUCAGCAACAAUGGUGGAUCCCGCAACCGAACCGGUGGUCUGAGUGUCUCCCUUGCUAGUCCUGAUGGUCAUGUAAUUGGUGGUGGAGUUGGUGGUAUGUUCAUUGCAGCUACUCCUGUUCAGGUGAUUCUUGGAAGUUUCAUAUGGGGUGGUUCAAAGACAAAAACAAAGAAAGGCGAAGAUUCGGAUGGUGGAAGAGAUGCAGAACACGAGACAGAUGACAAUCUCGUGAGCCCAUCGAGUCAGAGUCUCAAUCCAACCUCUUCAGUUGGUGUAUGGCCUGGUUCGCGGCCAAUGGACAUGCGUAAUGCACAUGUUGACAUUGACUUGAUGCGCAAUUGACUAUAUUGUUCGACGAGCAAAGUAUACUGAUGAUUUAAAAGCCAGCUGAUUCCGGACUUGGUAAAUGCUUCAGUUAUCCGUAUCGACCAUGGGAAUGUAGUCAUAUUUUGUAGGGUAAGGGUAAGGGUAAUGACAUCUUAGCGUUCCUGCUUUUAACUGAUUUUUGUGCUGUAGACAUUUUCCCCUUCAGAUUUUAACCAAGAUAAUGUAAGCUCUAGUACAUUUUGUGGCAGCUUGGAUUGUAUCAGCAUGAAGGAUUUGAAUAAACGAGAGAUUUUCUUCUAUCUUAUGGCA